AUGCGCUUUCGGGCCUCCAUCCAGAACGUGGACACUUUUCACCGCAUCAUCCAAACGGUUGAAAAACUGCAGAAGAAAUGCAUCGUCAAGUUCACCGAGAGCGAAAUGCACAUCAUCUGCAAUACGGACGAAAGUGGCGUCCAAGUAUGGUCACAAAUACGCGUCAUCUCUCUCUUCGCAGAUUACCGCAUUCAAUCCAACGCCAACAACGAAAUUUCCCUCGCCCUCUCCACCACAGCACUCUCCGCUGCCCUCCGAUCCGCAACCUCCAAUUCCUCAUCAAACCCAUCCGGAACGAGCGCCGAAGAGGUCAUCAUGAAGCUGGCGAAGAAACGAGAUGCCGCGGUACUGAGUUUUGAGAUCUUCGGGGCGAGCAGGAUGGGGAGACGAGUGAAAGUGGAGCACGAUGUGAGGAUUGAGGUUUUGAAGCCGGCAGAGGUGGCGAGGCUGAGUGAGCCCCUGUGUCCGGAGCCAGAUAUACAUAUUUUGCUCCCACCCUUGCUCAAAAUACGAACGAUAGUCGAACGACUACGACCGCUCGCAGACGUCAUAGCUGUCCGCGCCAAUAAAUCCGGAAAGCUACAGAUCUCAGCAGCGACGGAGAGUGCAAAGAUGGACGUUGUCUGGGAAGGGUGUGCAAAUCCAAAGAUGGCCCAGCCCAACCCCUCACAAUCACAGGCGAAUACAGACCCAGACAAUGAAGACGACGAAGCCGAAACAGACCCAACAAAACUAUUUGGUGUACUCGUCCACGUUCGAAGCUUCCUCAAAUUCUUGAACUCCCAUGUCGUCUCAACAACAACUAUUGCCUGUAUAUGCCAGCACCACUGCAUGAUCCUCUACGUCUACAUUGGAGAGGUGGCCGAUGCAGGUGGGGUGUUGACUUUCUAUAUUCCUGCAGUGCAGGAGGACUAGUUCUCUUCUCUUGGUGAUUCGCUCUGCUGCCCCCUGAUCUCGUUGCUCUCAUCUCUGUCUCUCGCAUUAUCUUGUAAC